UGUAACUCACUUUCCUUCCCUUCCCACAGUGGGAACUUAUUACAGCCCUCUAAGAAGUCCUGACUACAAAACCCCCCAAUAAAUUACUACUAAAAAAAAGGGGUCAUCUAUUGCUUUAAUUCAAAAGCUCAAUUUUUUCUAUUUUUAAAUUUCACUUUUGUCUUUACCUUCCCCUCCUCUCUUUCCCAGACUCUUUCAUUCAUUCAUUCUUCUUCGAUUUCAAGUCUAGGGUUUCUACUUCUUUUCUUCAUCUUCAUGUGUCUAAGCACAAAACAGUUCCAAAACUGUUAAAAUGUUAUUUGAGUGACUCAAUUGCUUCAGAUUUUCUACAUUCUUUCCAAAAUGAGCUCUGUGAUGUAUUUGUCAUGGUGAAAUUGUUCAGGCUUUAACCUUGUGUUCUUUCUUUCUAUUUUUCUUUCUUUGGGUCAGAGAUUUUGUUUUCUUUGGGUAUUUCCUAUUCAGUGAAAAACCCAUGUAAAACCCUUGUUAAAGAUAUAAUUUUUAGUGUUUCUGUAUUUAGGUGAUUUUUGAAAUUUUGAUCCGAUUUAGAUUUUCUUUUUUUCAUAGUUGGUCGGUUGUAGAUUUGGGUUUUGAACAAUUUAUAUAGGAAUCUAGGAUUGAAGUGUUGUGUGUGACUUAUACACUGAGUAAAUGCAUGGAUGGAAGAGAAGGCAUGACACUAUCUGGGUCAGCUACUUAUUACCUCCACAGAGGGAUUAGUGGGUCUGGGUCUGGUUCAAGUUCUGUGACGCUGACUGGCUUACAUGCCCCACCUGGUUUCAGGCCCUUGUCUAACCCUCACAGUUCACUUCAUUCCAAUGCAGGGGGUAGCUCUGUAGGUUCAACAUUUCCAGUAGAGCCAUCACCCAAUUUCCCUCAUGGCCUUAACAUGGGUGUGUCCACCGGUGUGCCACCGGGGGAGCCACCAAAGAAAAAAAGGGGGAGGCCUCGGAAAUAUGGCCCCGGCGGUACCAACAUGUCUCUGGGACUGUCUCCUAUGUCAUCAACACCUUCCCUGGGGUCGAUCACGCAGACCCCAAGACGGGGUAGAGGCCGGCCUCCUGGGAGUGGGUGGAAACAACGAUUGGCACCUCUUGGUGACUGGAUGAACAGUUCUGCAGGACUAGCAUUUACACCACAUGUCAUCAAUAUUGCAGUCGGAGAGGAUAUUGCAACAAAAAUUUUGUCAUUUUCACAACAGAGGGCAAGAGCUUUGUGCAUCUUGUCAGGCAGUGGUGCAGUUUCAACAGUAACAUUACAUCAGCCCACAUCUUCUGGUAGCAGUGUCAUAUAUGAGGGACGUUUUCAGAUAUUAUGCUUGUCAGGUUCUUACUUGGUUGCUGAAGGUGGUCCCCAUAGUCGAACUGGUGGUCUAAGUAUUUCUGUUUGUAGUCCUGAUGGCCAUGUCAUUGGAGGUGGAGUAGGAGGCAGGCUUAUUGCAGCAAGCUCCGUUCAGGUGGUUAUGUGCAGUUUUGUAUAUGAUGGUUUAAAGAUAAAGAAUAAAACAGAGACUAGUCCCAAAGACAAAGGUCAGGAGAAUUCUGUGCUUCAACUCACUGAAAAAUUGGCUACACCAGUUUCUGUUGCUCCUGCACAAAGCGUCAGUCCUAAUUCAGCAAGACGUUUGUGGCCUAUUUCACGGCUUGAUCUGAGAAACCCCCACACUGAGAUUGACUUGACGCGUGGUUGAUAUAAUUUGCGGCAUUAGACAUAUGGCACUUGUGUAUAUAUGUGGUGUUGUGAAUUAACUGUGCCGGUGGGAUCUGCAAACUCUAAAGCUCACCUUGUUCGCCCUCCUCCAGUAGACGAUGAGUUGUGCUAACACAGUUUAUAACAAAGUCACCAUUUUAAGAUUUCUAAGCAAGCAUUGUUGAAGUAGGUUGGAUUUUUUAUGCAUUAUUGCCAUCUGUAUCAGUUUAAAGACUUUUUAUGUGUUCUAUCUACAAAUUGAACCUAGUUUACUGAGCAAAAUGAUGAAAGAUGUUAUUGUUGACUCAGUUUGUGAAGAUUAUUGGCAAUAUUUGUUUCCAUCUAAGAAAUUUUAUGUUAAACGA